AUGUGCACUUGGCUACACUCUGAUGAUGCUGUUUGUGAUAUUGUUGCUGUGGAGAGAAAAGAAGAAAAAAAGAAUGGUGAUGUUUGUUCAUCACGUGAUGCACAAUAUAGCCAAGUUACAGAAGAAAUAUCUAUCCACCAAACUACUACUACUAAAUUAUGCAUUCAAAUGUUAAAAGAUUCAAGAUCAAAUGGUUUCAUAGAUUGA